AUGCUAACUUGUGGUUUCAGCAAGCCGGUUGCAGUGGAGAAGCUUCUCUCGCGCCUCGAUGAGAAAGAUGUGCGUGAGCAAGUCAUUGCGGCUUUGGUCAAUUCUCACCUUAUCGACCCGGGAAUGCCCACAACACCAAAAGACACGCCAGCAGCCCAGCUCAGUGCACCACCACCAACACCACUUAUGUACUCUCAUCAAGAUGGCAUCGAAUACGAUAUACAACACUCGCUGGUGUCGCCUCUUGAUAUGAUGGCCGCUGCCGUGACAGCUGACACGACGACACAUCGAGGAAAUCCUAGCUCCCAGACAACUGCCUCACUCCAUGGCCAGCUAAGUCGAACAGCUUCUGCAGGUUUGAUAGACGAGAGGCUAGCUAGCUACUUCGCGCCUCAAGCAACGCAUCAUCGGGAUUGGCAAGUUCUGGCUUCACAACCCAUCGACAGUACACUGAAGCUAGACCCUACCGCAUCAGACCCGAUAACUUCCCGGAUUAUUGACCUCGACGAUGCUUCACACUACUUUGACCUUUUCUUCAAACUUCGCAAUCCACUCUUAGGCAUUCUAGACCCUGUUCUUCACACUCCUGAAUAUGUCUACUCUGCGUCCUUUACGCUGUUUUCGACCAUUUGUGCUCUGGGUUGUGCGGUUUCCCGACGGACUCGAGACAGAGUUCUCUAUCCCGUACUGCUUUCACUCGCAGAAGCCGGCGUAAAAUGGUCGAUCGCAAAUUCAGUCAAAUCUCUCGAGACAAUCCAGGCAAUCAUGUGCAUGCAAUAUUGGGCGCCUAUUAGUCGACGUCAGUCCGAUGAUCCUUCGUGGCUGCGUCUAAGCCAUGCAGUUCAAAUCGCAAGGGAAAUGGGCAUCCACAGACCUGCAGCCAUAUCCGCUCAAGUCAACGCCUCGACAUCCCCAACCGACAGCCCUUCCUUCAAAGAACGUCUUUUGCGAAACUUUGAGCGCACUUGGUUGUACACUUUUAUCGCCGACAAAAGUUUCGGCAUCACGGUUGGACGGUAUAUGGGAGUGUCAUGGAAGGAGAUACCCGCCUCCGCCUCGGACUGGUGGCGGAAGCCCAUGACGAGCCCGAUUGACCGCGUCAUUAGUGGCAUCAUUGAGAUGAGAGGAAUUCUUUUGAAUGCCCUUGCAAAACGGAAGCGUGGUGACAUCAACAAUACUGCGGCCUCAAUCUUUGAAUGGCAUUCGCAAACGUUCUCACGGCUCGAAACAAUGAGGCGAAUUCGCUGCGAACCAGAUACGCUCCCUUCAGCACGGUCCCUGCCAGCUCUAGCCUUCUACGUAGACCACAGCAUUCUCAUAUUGAACGCAGAGGCCAUAAGAGACCUUGUCGCCCUGGAAGAAUCCAAUGCCCCGAUGUCGGUCGAACUCGCCACGAUCUCUAAAAGAAGUGUCGACGUCGCUAGUCGACUCUUAGAUUCCUUGCUCAACGACGAGUUCCUACUUGAGCUGUUCAUUGGUUUUCAUAACAACCAAUACAUAAUGAUCUGCCAUGCCGCCACAGAGAUUCUACAUGCCAUCAAACGCGGAUGCCUAUCGACAACGGAAGUCUCUAGUGCGACUGCCAAGGUGAUGGCGAUCCCCGAGCACCUUGGGAAAGCCGCCCAGGAGCUGCCCGCAACGUCUGCAGUGCACCUCUAUUUGAGCCUCGCUCGGUUCUUUGCAUCCCAGUUCGACAAGAUCGUCGGUACAGGCCACGAUCAAGCUGAAGGCAGGACCGGCGACCAGGGCGACGCGUUUUCAGAGUGGUGGAGGGUCCUUGACGGAGGCCCGCUCGACUCAGCUACCUGGUUUGAUAUGGGCUUUCUCGGGUCCGAGCAGCCGGCCUUUGACCUCAACAGCUUUGAGAGUGCGGAGCAGGACUUGGAUAGCUAUGCAUUUUCGUAG